AUGGCGUCUUCUUCACCAGCACCGCCAUCGUCGACAUCGCCGGCACCAUCCCCGCCUCUCUCGCCGACAAUGCGGGCCUGGCAGUUCUCCUCCACACACGGCGGGCUGGAGAAAAACCUCAAGCUGAACGAAUCGGCCGCCCUGCCGCCCCACGACGCAAAGACGCUGGGCCGGGACAAGGUGUUGGUCAAGGUGCUCGCGGCGGCGCUGAACCCCGUCGACUACAAGCUCGUCGAGCUGCCUCUGGUCGGCCGCCUGGCGGUCAAGACGCCGAGUUCGCCAGGACUGGAUUUUGCCGGGCGGGUUGUGGCUGUUGGUCCUGCCGAUCAUCCUCCUCACACUGCUCAUGCUGCCUCUGAAGCGGAGGUCCAGGUCGGCCAGAUGGUGUUUGGGCGGCUGGACGCGCCGACCCAGUUUGGCACGCUGGCCGAGUACACGGUGGCGCGGCGGGCGGGGCUGGCGGCGGUGCCCGAGGGUGUCGUCGCGGUCCCGGACGCGGCGGGUGUCGCCACCGCGGGCCUGACGGCGUACCAGGCCAUUGCGCCGAAUGUCGGCAGCAAGGGGGCGGCGGGCGGGAAAACGCCCCGGGUGUUCAUCAACGGCGGCAGCGGCGGUACGGGCAUCUGGAGCAUCCAGAUCGCCAAAGCCCUCGGGUGCCACGUCGUGGCGACCUGCUCGGGCAGGAACGUCGAGCUGUGCAAGAGCCUCGGCGCCGAUGAGGUGCUGGAUUACACCCAGGUGGAUGUCGUGGGUGCGUUGAAGCAGAUGGCUACUACUCCUACAACUACUGCCACGGCUGCGGGUGAUGCUAACGCGUCAUCACCACCAUCGUCAUCACCGCAUGACGAGAGCAACAAGCUAUUUGACCUCGUGGUCGACAACGUGGGCAACUCGGACAAGCUCUACUGGCAGUGUCACCACUUCACGUCCCCCAAGGCCAAGUAUGUCCAGGUCGGCGCGGGCAUGUCCGGGCACGCGGUGCUGCAGAUGGUCAAGAAGAUGCUGUGGCCGGGGUUUCUGGGCGGCGGGCGGCGCAAGUUCCACAUGAUGAUGGUGUCGAGCGACGCGGCGCAGCUGGCCGAGAUCGCCCGGUGGAUGGCCCAGGGCAAGGCCAGGGCCGUGGUGGACGAGGUCGUGCCCUUUGAGGACGCGCCCCGGGCGUUUGAGAAGCUCAGGACCGGGCAUGCCAGGGGCAAGGUUGUGGUUACCGUCAGUGGGUGA